CUCAUCUUAAAGUGGCCAAGUUUGGACAACACUGGUAUAAGCGCGUCACCUUCCGUCAUCUCUCCCAGGGUCCUCCUCCCGAGGACUUACAGUACGGCUGAGUCCGCCUUUUCUCCUGCCCAGACGCAGGCGCCUUCCCGAGGUGCUCCGUUAACGGCCUCUCCUCUCCCGUCGAAGCAAAAGGCAGGAAGUCCUCCGGGCAGCUUCCCACCUUGGUGUCUUUUCGUGUCUUGCACCUGCAGCUCCCGCGAGGCUGCAACAGCCUUGGCCGCGUGGAUCGCGGCCGGAUGCCAGGCGGGGCGGCGCCAGAGUCAUCCCUGGCAUAGGCUUGAGCUUCACGAGCCGUGCGCAGAGGGAGACCCUGCGGGACCCAGCCCUUAUUCCUGCGAUUCCAGACAUCUAGCCUUGAAAAACAGUCAGGAGACCCUCCGCCUCUUCCUUGAGCAAACAAAUGGUUUCAAAGCGCUGUAGCUUUUUCCAGCCCGGUGCCCCUGCAGAUGAUAAACUAGAGUUUAUUUUUCUGGUACUUGUUCCACAAAUAUUCAGAGGAUUUGUGGGCCCAAUUCACCCUCCGAUUAGUCCCAGGUAUGUCAACUUCAAUCCAGCACAAUUUCUCCCUCCUGUUCAAAACUGCCCGCAAAGGGGAAUCCGGGGCCUCCCGAGGCCGACGGAGCAUGGAUGCGGCAGGACAUGCUCACUGGUGUCUGGCCACAGUCUGCUUCCUCGUACUUUCAGCCUCUGGUUUCUUGUCCUGGGAUUAUGAAGAAAGAUACAAAAUCUCACUGUCCAGUCUUAGCCCCAAGCUUUUGUUGCUAAACUGGUUUGAUAAGAAACUGAAUUAUCAGCCCGCAAGGAUUUCCCCUGCUUGUCUUUCAAGGCCAUCCUCUUGAAGAUAAUGGCUGCCCAGGUUCCCUCUUGGCUCAGCUGGGCAUGAAUUGUGUCCAUUCAUUUCAUGUGCAAUCCUGUUUCUUGCCCAGUUCUUCUUUCUGCAGGACAUGCCAUCCUGGGACAGUCUCCAUUAACUUAUUUUUUGAUCUACGUCCUGCUUCUCUCCCCAGAGCUCCAGGUAGAUGGUUUAUGUGGGGAUCCGCUUCAUUUUAUCCCCAGAACUGUGGCUGGAAGAUGAGGCCGGGCUGAGGAGGAGUGGCCGGUCAGCUUCCCUGCUAGGGGAGGACAUCCCGGCCCGUGAGCUUUUCCCGGUCAAAAAGGAGGGUUCUGUUUUCCUGGAAAUGCGCAAGGGUGGAGGACUCUGUGCCAGAGGGACUGGCUGUGUGCGCGGCUGGCAUCUCGCUACCUGGAGCCUGUGGACGGGUCGGGCUUGGUGACGAGCCCCGUCAUCCCUGGCCCUAGGAGGGUGCCGAGGGAGGAAGAGGUCUUUCCCAUUCACCUGUCCCCAGGUCAGCCGGCCACCUUGCCCCUCCGUGGCUGUGAGCAAGCCACAUCCUGGGCGACAGAGGAGAAGUGACCCAGGAGUUGAGCUCCUUCCGAAGAAUCACACAGUUCACCACCCUCAGACAAAGCAACCUUAGUAAACUGAAAUUUGAGUUUUUUACAGUAAACUAAUGCCUCAUCAGUGAACUCCUAAUGAUCGGGUGAACGGUGGCUUGACUUCUCUCCCAGCAAUCAUAACGGCAGCUGUGCUUAAUCCGAACCCGUGGCUGCAGACCCACCUGGGGAAGGUUUCUGGGGCUCCAAAGCCUCCUGCCCAGAGACGCUGCUCGGAAGGCCACUCCCCAUUUUUCCUGGACAACCUUGGCUCUUCGGGCAAAGCCAACCGGACAGAAGGCCAACACGAGCCCUCUCUGCACUUUGUGCCCAGCCACGGAGCGGGCAGGGGAGCUCCCCUGCACAGACAGCCGAACGGCUCGUGACCUCCCGCUGCGAGACCUCUCCUGCUGGCCUGCCGACUGGCAGGGAAUCUCCCAGAGUUGACCCCCAACACAGCUGGAUUUUCUGUGCUGACACCGGUUGCUGCCGGCCCCCGAGAUAGCAAGCCCAGUGCCUGCCACGCUACAGCGAUAGGCAGGGUCAGCUGGAGCGCUGGAAGAAAAGAGUCCCUUUUACCUGGAUCUCACAACAGCAGCUGCCAGCACAGUCACAGGCUCGGCUCAGGUCGAGACCAGGAAUCCAAAACAGCCAGCAGUCCAAGGGACCAGACACGAGACACGGUUCCCCCAACUCACAAUGCGCAGGAGCUACCAGUCUGGGGGGCUGGCGCUGGUGAGCCUGGCCUCGGUCGUCUUGUACCUGAGCUUGCACAGGCGGCAGCUGGUCCCCGGCACCCCUGCCGUCGCCAAGGACAGCCGCACCACCACCCUGACCGACGGCACCUCCACCUUCCUCCUCAACCACAGCCUCUACGAAGCCCACUUCCCCCACCUGCAGCGCUACCAGUGCCAGGAAGUGAUCGCCAGGGACGCCUUGUGCCAGGGCCCCGCCAGGGCCCCGCUGCUCCUCCUGGCCAUCAAAUCCCACCCGGCCUCCGGCAGCAAGAGGGCCGCCCUGCGCCGCACCUGGGCCCGGCCGGCGGAGGUGGGGGGCUUCUGGCUGCAGCCCCUGUUUCUCCUGGGGGCAGCGUCCAGCGACAAGGACGCUGAGCUGGUAGGACUGGAGAGCCACACCUUCGGCGACAUCCUGAUGUGGGAUUUUGCAGAGUCUCACCACAACCUGUCCCUCAAGGAGCGCUGCUUCCUUCGGUGGGUCCACCAGCACUGCCAGCGAGCGGCCUACGUCUUCAAAGGUAGGCGGACGAGGAGCUGCGCAGCCGGGGCCCGUCCAUGCUCUCUGCGCCAAGCUAAGUGA